AUGUCUUCACUUGCAGCAACCCAAGCAGACGGCUACUACUACCCGGCGGAGUGGCGACCCGAGCAUGGCUCGCUCAACUCGUUCCAUGGGUCACACCCACUGGGCAAGCGGGCUAAGAAUCUGGCGAGCGAUGGUGUGCUGGUGGUGCGCUUUGAGAUGCCCUUCAGCGUCUGGUGCACGCACUGCGAUUCCCACAUUGGACGGGGUGUCCGCUUCAACGCGCGCAAGAAGCGGGUGGGAAAUUACUUCUCGUCCGCCGUGUGGGAGUUCCGCAUGAGCUGUGCUAGUUGUAGCGGCGAAAUGGUGAUCAAGACGGACCCCCAGGAGCGCGGGUACGAAAUGGUCAGUGGUCGCCUGAAUGACACUGAUCUGGGCACCAAGUUGAUGGACGAUCCGUUUCUCCGACUAGAGCACGAAAAUGAGGACAAACAAGCGGCCAAGAAGAGGUCACGCGGGCUUGAGCGCCUCGUGGAGCUGCAAGAUGCAGAGUUUAAAGACGACUACGACAGCAACUCGGCACUGAGAGCACAGUUUAGGAGCAUCAAGAAGCAGCUCAAAAAAAGAAAACAGGAGGCUAAAAGAUUAGGACUCGGGAUCCCGCUGCUGGACGUACAUCCAGACGACGUGCUAGCGUCGAGAGUAGUCGUAUUCAAAGGCAUUCCGCAGAAGCAGCGCGUGCCUGCUACUGCUGCGAGAGCGGACUCGUUCCAGCACUUCGGCGACCCCGUCGGGUCUCAGCUACAACGGCUUAAGGCGGCCAAGCGAGCAUCGAAGAAGCGGGCAUCGGCUUCCUCUCGGAAUUAA